AUUAUAAAUAUUUUCGAUUUGCUGGAAACUGAAAUUCCACCGUCGAAUGAAUUCUGGUGAAUUUGAAGAGAAGGAAUCGAGUUUGGUUGAAAUCUAUUAAACAAAGCAAAAGAACAUCACUGGCAGAAGAUUUUUAUUUCGAAAUGCGUUCGUUUCAAUUAUCUGUACAUUCGUCUGCGGUCAAUUAAAAUUUUACACCUGCUCUUUUGGAAAAUAUAUUCUAGCCUUCAACAGCAUUUAUCGACCACCAAAUAACGGUUUUAACCGCUUUUACUCAAAUUUAUUACGAAUAACAUAUUUAAAGAUUAUAUCAGGAAGGUUAAAGAACAAACCCGAAACGGCAAAUGUAUUAUUAUGUCUUUGAUCUUUAAUCGUGGGAUCGAACCUUGAAGCGUACAGCGUUUGUUUGAAAACAUAUUAAAUUUGGACAGAAUAUUACAGCUUCAACGGCAUUUGAUCAUACUGCCCAGGAGAUCUCGUUUACCUUGGUUUUUACUCGGGUUUACGUAAAAGGCACAAGAAGACAGAAGGCUGUACGGAUAAACACUUUUUUCAGGACUUAUAUACUGUCAAUCGUGGUUUGUUUAGAAUUAUUUUAAACACUGAGAACAAGACGUAAUGAAUAGCACGGACAAAGAUAUGGAGUUACAGAUACGAAGUUGUUCUGAAGAAAACACUCGAGCAGUUAAAGUAAAUACCGAUGAAAUAACGGAGCAGAAAAAGGAAAUUAUCGAGAAAGGUAACAUUUCAGAACGAUGCACUUCGGGCGAGGAUUCUGGCAGAGGAAGCGAUAAUUCUGAAACAUCAAAUGAUGUGCCUAUGAUAAAGACACAAAAGCAACGAGUUAAAAUUAACGUUGGCGGACAGGUUCACGAGACGUACAAAACGACUCUGAAAAACAUUCCUGAUACAAGAUUAUCGUGGAUUACAGAGACUACAGCACAGGUUGAUUUUGACCCUGAAAGCGAUGAAUAUUUCUUCGAUCGCCAUCCAGCGGUGUUUGCAGCAGUUUUAAAUUAUUAUCGUACAGGAAAGCUUCAUGCACCGUUGGAUGUUUGUGGGCCUCUUUACGAGGAAGAACUUGGUUUUUGGGGAAUUGACGACGAACAAGUCGAAUCUUGUUGCUGGUUAACAUAUCGACAGCAUAGGGACGCUCAGGACACGUUGAAAGCUUUUGAGGGUAUCGAAUUUCAAAAUGAUUUUGAAGACGAGGACACGUUUGACAUGUGCGAGGAAGAUGUGAAUGUCAGGCCGAGAUGUUGGGAAAGAUAUCAGCCGAAGAUUUGGUCUCUCAUGGAUGAUCCACAGUCCUCAAGGCUCGCAAAGAUUAUUGGCUACACGUCCUUGAUGUUUAUCAUACUCUCGGUUGUCAUUGUUUGCUUGGAGUCGCUGGAGUAUUUCAGUCAGGACGACAGAUAUAGAUCACUUCUAAUCAUCGAAGGUAUCUGCGUUGCUUGGUUUACUAUAGAAUUGACAGUCCGUCUUAUUUUCUGCCCGGACAAGAAGUCAUUCUUAAAAAACAUCAUGAAUUGGAUUGACUUUCUGGCAAUUAUCCCUUUCUACAUCAGCUUAUCUAUCAGCAGCAGCAAUACAAGUAAAGAAUCAUCAAACGGUAAUGCUCAGGUGGAAAUCCUACUUGUUCUCCGCUUGAUUCGAAUAUUUCGGAUCUUCAAGUUAUCAAGGCACUCGACUGACCUUCAAAUAUUAGGUCAUACAUUGAAAGCUAGCGUAAGAGAGCUUAUACUACUCGUGUUCUUCCUCUUGAUUGGCGUGGUAAUAUUCUCAAGCCUGAUCUAUUACUGCGAGAAAGAUGUUCCAAACUCUAAGUUCACCAGUAUUCCCGCAGCUGGAUGGUGGGCCAUUGUGACGAUGACAACCGUCGGUUACGGCGACGUAGUCCCUGUCACAAUCCAGGGUAAGAUUGUGGGAUCAUUUUGUGCUAUAUGUGGUGUACUUAUGAUCGCAUUACCUGUACCAGUUAUCGUAAACAACUUUUCGCUUUAUUACUCACAUGCUCAAGCCAGACUAAAGUUGCCUAAAAAGCGAAGAAGAAUCUUGGUAAACGCUGACAAUGCGCUUAAAACUGAUUUGGUUUUCAGUGACCGGGGAAGCAUUGCUCCCCCCGUCCGAUGUUCCAUUAGUAAGGCUGACGAAGCUGACAAACAGCUGUGUAGUAUUCAAAUUAUUGAUGAGAGAAGUAACUCGUUACCAAGGCGAUUAAGCCGACGAGAAAGUCAUCUGUUUGGAGCUAGUUCAGAAACACCACCCGUUACCACACAUCCUCCUGGGGUAACCAUGUCCAAGAGAAGGUCAUUGAUGCCAAGGGUACCUGUUUUACCCGAAGUAGAGUGAAUCAUUUGAGCAAAAGUAAAGUUUUGAAAUGUAGUGCAUGAUUUGUGUAGGCAACUUUUGCCAGGGUUCGACGCUCCAUAAUUAGAACGCUCUUGUACGAAAAGUUUCCAAACCCAGAGUCAUAGCCUUAAUAAUAUAUCGAGGGAUAGAUCAAGAAAUUAAAUCUCGGUUUGGUUUCUGUAUCAUUACCAUAAAUACCAUGAGAUGCAUAUUCUAUAUAGCUAAAGCAGCAGCUAAAAUCCAUGGUCAAUAUUGAACAUUCGUGAUACAUUGUAGGAUCGUUAUUCAUUUAUCUAAAAUGGCGAAAAAGGACUUGGACUAGUUGUGAAAUGAAAAUUCAUUUCUCGGUUGAAAACUAUCCUCUAUUUCGCUUUCAAUUUACGCUCUUAUUACUGAACCUAAUUGCAAAGUUCGACUAGUUUCACAAGGAAGAACAAAAGAUAUAAUCAAUUAGAUAUUUUAGGAAAUCAUCUGCAAAGUCCAUAUAAAUACUGCAGGCGCCUUACGCUACAAUAUAAUUUAAGCCUUGUUUACAUACACUACAUGUACACUCAAUUUAUUGACAAGGCACGACUGGUACCCGUGCCAGGUUUUAUUAGUGUUCAGAGUACCAAUAGAAAGAUCAAGCAAAGAUGAAUUAAGAAAAGGCUAAUUCAUGAUUAUUUCUAAGAUCAAUUAUUUCUAAGAUCAUUCACCUCGUUUUGUUAGCUGUUUAACAGUUACUUUUCCAUAUUCACUGUCUGUCUUGUGUUAGCUAUAAGCCUAUAAUUACAUUUGACCUUCGAUAAUUACGUCACGUUUACUGCCUCGUUUGAAAUAAAAGAAAAGACGCAAGGACAUUGGAUUCACGAUUUAUAAGAUCGAGUUCAAAUAGCCCAAUGACGUAGUUAGUACAAAAAUAAAUCGCAUCAGUCUUCUUAACAAGGUACCAUUUUGUCGAUAAAUAAAUAAAUAAAUAACAAAAUUACAUAAAUUUUUCCAAUAAAUACUUUUCAGCAAUUGCAUUGUUUUAUUCUCGCUCUAACAUUUUCAUAAAGGUUG